AUGCCCGCCCGUAACCCUACCGGUUUCGACAUUGCCCAGUUCAAGGCCGCGGCUUCCCCAUCUUCCGUAUGGGCCAAGCAGGACCCAUGGGCUCGCCAUGAGGCCUGGCGAUACACCGGCCCCUUUAGCCGUUUCAACCGUUUCAAGGGUCUCUUCCCCGGCUUCGGUAUCGCGACUGUCGCUUUCGCUGCCUACUGCACAUACGAGCACUUCUUCUUGAAGGACGACCACCACCACGGUGAUGCUCACCACUAG